CAUCAGUCGGCGUUAAGCUGUCAUCAUCACCGACCCACUAUGCGUCGGCUGGACCUCGCUCUUACUGGGGUGUGAAGACUGGUAGGAACGGCUAGGCAGUCUGUGUGCUGCCACUCCUAUAUAGGCCAGCCACUGCACAAUUGACUAUCCAGAGAUCCUCCAAUCUCAUACUACUCUCCCCUAGGAUCCACCAUCACCAACAGCAAAUCAACCCCUAUCAAGCCCUCAAAAAUGUCCUCACCACCACCCAACACCCGCCGCAUCAUCACAACCCACACCCCCUCCCGUACCGCCACCAUCGCCAUCAACGCCCCAAAAGCACCCACCGCCCUCGACGACGGCACCUACCUCAACCCCCUCUGGUCCUCCACCGAGAUCCCCGCCACGAUCGACCAAGAUCCCACCAAGAUCGAACCCAGCACCACCGCCGCAGCAACCGGCGGCUCCGUCUUCUGCACCUACGAUCUGCCCCCGCGAUACGAGGGCCCAAUGCAUCGCUCCAUCACCCUCGAUUAUGUCACCGUCACCCGCGGCGUGGUCACGCUGAGCACGGAUGACGGGUCCACGGUGACGCUACAGGCGGGCGAUACGGUCGUGCAGAGGGGGACCAUGCACAAGUGGGGGAAUCCGUCGGAUGAAUGGGCUAGGUUGACUUCCGUGAUGGUGCAGGCGAGACCGGUGGUGGUGGAGGGGGAGGAGAUGGGGGCUGUUUGGCCGUUUUAGGACUUUCGAUUGUCUAGUGGAUGGGAUGGGGUGGUCAAUUUGAUGAGUGAUUCGGGUUUGUGGUGGGUUUAUGUGGAAGGUGUGCAGGGGACCCAUUCUGUCUACUUCCGGGGUAGUCGGGUUGAAAUGGGGCGUUGUUGUUAUUUU